UGCGAUGUUGGAUUGUAACGACUUAAGGACUAACUAGGAGUCCAUAUGGUUAGUGCCCUUCGUCGGACAAAGAAGUAAAAUUUUUUUCUUGCGGUGAAAGCACAUUUGAUCGAAAAGAAAUAGGUUUGGUUGCUAAAAUUUUUUACUCCCGGUAUCAAAUAACAUCUUUUUCUAAACAAAGAUCAAGAAGAAGUUUUGAAUAUAUUAACUUAGAAUGCCUCCAAAGAAAGGUAAAACUAAGAAAGCCGACGAUUGGCCAAGUGACGAUGACGUGGUUGACCCGAUUAAAGCUGGGAAAGCUGGAAAGAAUGCUGGAGGUGAUAUAGAAGAACCUAAAACUCAGGCAAAGUCAAAGAGUAAGAAAAUGAGAAACCUUAGAGCUGAAUUGGAACUGAGUGAUGAAGAAGGAGCAUCACUACCUAAGCCCUCGAAAGCAGAAACAGCACAGCCUGUGAAAUCGUCUGCCAAAAAGAAAGGGAAGGGAAAGAAAGAUGAUGAUUGGAACAGUGAUGAUGAUGCAGCAAAAGUGAUUGACCUAAAAAAUAUCAAAUCUGACGAGUAUGAAGAUGUUAAACCAAAAGCCAAAAAAGUCAAAGCAAAGAAAAAGAAGGUUAACCUGACAGAUAGUGAAGCAGAGGAAUCUUCCCAUGACCAGUCAAAAGUUCCAGGAAUUCAGCAAAGCGAUGAAGAAGCUGUACCCAAGAGUCAAGUUAAGAGCAAAAAAUCCAAGAAAAAGAAGGUUAACCUGACAGAUAGUGAAGCAGAGGAAUCUUCCCAUGAACAGCCAAAAAUUUCAGGAAUUCAGCAAAGUGAUGAAGAAGCUGUACCCAAGAGCCAAUCGAAGAGCAAAAAAUCCAAGAAAAAGAAGGGUUCGAAAGAAGACAAUGGUAGUGACAUUGUAGAUUUAUCUAAUAAGUUCACUAAAGUACAGCAUGAAACUGAAGAAGAUUUAAGUGAUUCUGACAACAGCAAUGAAAAACCUACAAGUAAAAAAAAUAAUUCAAUAGAAAAUAAUGUUGUUGAUGAGGAUUCCAGUAGCCAGCUCCCAAUUAUCAAACCAAAGGUAGAUGAGGAUAUUCCAGUCAUUGAAGAACCUACUUCCAUAAGCAAAAAUAAAAGUAAACAGAAAAAAGCUCAAAAGAAAGUAAAUGCUGGAGAAGAUGUAGAAUUGAACCAUAAAAUGAAAGAACUUGCAGUCGAUGAAGAUCAAGAUAAUUUCAGUGUCUCUGAUGACAGUGAUAGUGAAAAGCAACCUGAAAAAAAGCAAGAAGAAAAAGUGAAACUUUCUCAUAAAGAUAAGAAGAAAUUAAAGAAGCAAAUGGAAUAUGACAAACAAAUGGAUGUCAUCACACGCAAAGGAGGGCUGGGACACAGUGAAUUGGGAGACAAUUUCACUAUUUCCCAAGUUCAACAAUCUGAUAAAAAGUUGGCACAAUUGGAAAAUGCUGUAGACAUAAAAGUGGAAAAUUUCAGCAUAUCUGCAAAAGGAAAAAGUUUAUUCACAAAUGCAAGUCUUCUUAUUGCCCAAGGCAGAAGAUAUGGACUUGUCGGACCCAACGGACAUGGAAAGACAACUUUGCUCCGUCACAUAUCAUCACGAUCACUACAGAUUCCUCCUUCCAUUGAUGUCUUGUUGUGUGAGCAAGAAGUGGUCGCGGAUGAUACACCCGCAGUUCAGGCCAUUUUGAAAGCCGAUGUGAAACGAACUUCAUUGCUUGAAGAAGCUGAUAAAUUAGAGAAAGAACAACGCAAAGGAAACCUAAAGGUCACGGAACAAUUAAACCAAGUCUAUGAAGAAUUGCGGGCCAUAGGUGCCGACGCGGCCGAACCCAAAGCUCGACGAAUUUUAGCUGGUCUCGGGUUUACGGCUGAAAUGCAGAAUCGGCCUACUAAAAACUUUAGUGGUGGUUGGCGAAUGCGUGUCUCUCUAGGCCGAGCACUUUAUUUGGAGCCCACGCUUCUCAUGUUAGACGAGCCGACCAAUCAUUUGGAUUUGAAUGCAGUCAUUUGGUUGGAUAAUUACCUCCAAGGCUGGAAAAAAACUUUGCUCAUCGUCUCACACGACCAGUCUUUCUUAGAUAAUGUCUGUACAGACAUUAUUCACUUGGACAUGGAAAAACUAUUUUAUUAUAAAGGAAAUUAUUCCAUGUUUAAGAAAAUGCAUUUACAAAAACGAAAAGAGCAAAUCAAGGAUUACGAAAAACAGGAAAAGAGACUAAAGGAGUUGAAAUCCCAGGGUCAAUCGAAGAAGGCUGCUGAAAAAAAACAGAAAGAGGCUCUAACGAAGAAACAAGAGAAAAAUCGAGCCAAAUUACAGAAGAACGAUGAUGAUUCAACAGGGCCGAUUGAGCUUAUGCAGAGACCUAGGGAUUACGUCGUCAAAUUUCGCUUUCCCGAGCCCCCGCCGUUGCAACCGCCUGUCCUUGGAAUUCAUAACGUCAAGUUCGGUUAUGAUGCUAACAGGCCACUUUUUAAGAAAUGUGAUUUCGGUAUAGACAUGGAAUCACGAGUCGCAAUUGUUGGUCCUAAUGGUGUUGGUAAAUCAACAUUUCUGAAACUACUGGUUGGUGAACUAACACCUCAACAAGGAGAACAGAGGAAGAACCAUCGUCUGCGAAUGGGAAGAUUUGAUCAGCAUUCUGGUGAACAUUUGACGGCCGAGGAAACUCCAUCCGAAUACUUGAUGCGGUUGUUUAACUUACCGUACGAAAAAGCUCGAAAACAGUUGGGCUCAUUUGGACUGGCCUCACAUGCACAUACCAUUAAAAAUAAAGAUCUAUCUGGAGGUCAGAAGGCCCGCGUUGCUUUGGCUGAACUUUGCUUGAAUGCUCCUGAUGUAUUAAUUUUGGACGAGCCGACAAACAAUUUGGAUAUCGAAUCUAUCGACGCCUUGGCCGAGGCCAUCAAUGACUAUAAGGGUGGUGUAAUUAUAGUCUCCCACGACGAGCGGCUGAUCCGUGAAACCAACUGUCAACUAUGGGUUAUUGAAGAUCAAACCAUAAAUGAAAUUGAAGGUGGCUUCGACGAUUACCGAAGAGAAUUGCUGGACAGUCUUGGGGAAGUCAUUAACAAUCCUAGCGUUGCCGCAAAAUUGGCAAAUGAAAACCUGUGAUGAGGUGGAAAAGAACACAACUCCAAAUUUUUUCCUCCGUGUAAUAUGUAUGCGGGGUUGAGAAUAAACAUGAAUGAAAUUGUA